AUGGCAGGUGUCCUUUGGUACCGGGGUGAAGAGUGGCGAGAAGUUUGGGACUACUGGUUCAAGUGGACCGACGAGCACCUCACAUCCGACAACCUUCGCCCAAUGAUAUAUACUUACGAUGAGCUGGGCGCCGAAGCAUUGGACCGACUAGAUGAAGUAUCACCUCCUGUGAAACACUCGACCACCCAUAGUGAGAAGGUAGACACUCCUCAGGGCGCGAAGCCACAUCGAGACCUGUAUGCUCUCUUGAGAGACAAUGCAGACGCAGACGAGGUUCUGGGAAAACUAUGGACUGAAAUCAACACCAUCCCGCCAUGGGUCGACUGGGCCCAAAUUGAACGCGGACAACAAGUCUUUCUCCGAUACGCAGCCCCAACCAUAUUCGCCCUCACAUUUCAGUCCCUCGUAGGCGGUAUGGGCGGCCGCCGCGUCGUAGAAACCCUAUCCAGAACAGGCGGCUUCGGCGUCAACGUCACCCGCCGCCGCCUCCUCGAGACCUUCCAGCACAUCAUCCAAGUCACCCGCGACCUCCCCUCCAUCCAGCCCGGCGGCCAUGGCCACGCCUCCUCCGUCCGGGUCCGCCUCCUCCACGCCGCCGUCCGCCGCCGCAUCCUCCUCCUUGCUCAGCAGAGACCCUCCUACUACGACGUGGCAGCUUACGGCGUCCCCGUGAACGACCUCGACUCCAUCGGCACAAUCACGACCUUCUCCUCCACCCUCCUCUGGAUCGGCCUGCCCCGCCAAGGCAUCUUCCUCAAGGACAGCGAGAAACAGGACUAUCUCGCCCUCUGGCGCUACGUGGCCUACAUCAUGGGCACGCCCACCGACGCUUUUUCGAGCCUGAACAAGGCCAGGGCGAUGAUGGAGUCCUUGCUUGCCUCCGAGAUCCAACCCUCCGACACCUCGCGCGCCCUCGCCAACAACGUCCUCACGGGCCUCGCCGAGCAGCCGCCCUGGCACGUCUCGAGGGAGUUCCUCGCCGCCGAGACGUACUGGCUCAACGGCCCCAAGCUCGCGCGCGCGUUGGCGGUGGAGAAGCCGCCGUUUUAUUACUCGCUGCUUAUACUCGGCCAGUGUCUCUUCUUCAUGUUCAUGUGUUACUCCCGCCGUCUGUUUCCCCGUUGGGACGAGUCGAGGAAUGAGAACCUCAAAAAAGCCCUCUUCAAUAUAACAAUCAACAAAACCGAGCUCGGCGCCCUAGGCAAAGAAACAAAUUUCGAAUUCAAGUACAUCCCGACCCUAGACGUCCCGUCCACCGAGGCAGCGGCCCGGACCCAGCAGCACCAGGACCCGUCGACUCACGAGCCCGGCUCCACCCCCGCAGAUGCAAAGACGGGAGCACGAGCAGGAGCAAGCACACGCCGCGUGCGCAGCAACGAACGCCGGAGCCUCAUCACAUUAGGCGUGGUUGCCACCGUGGGCGGUCUGCUCGCCUGGCUGGGCAUCCGCGGGGCGUCGGCCCUGUUUGGGAGGGUUCUGUGA